AGGGUGCGCGGUGCAUUGUGGGUAGGUCAGUGAGUGAAAACUGGAGGAAGACAUGUGCUGCAUGAGUGUCAGACUAACUGACUGUUAGGGAGGCAGAAACGGACCAAGGAUCCCAAAACCAAGAAAUAUCACAAACCAUAUAUAACAAAUAUGUACUGCACUCGACACUGUAUCCGGACCGCGCUGCGGAUCGCAGCACAGACGCAACGACGAGCUGCAAGGACGCCCUUGGUGUGUGGACUGAGGGCGCUGAAGACCAGCUCUGCCUGUCCGUCCGACACCAUCGCUGCCCCCCCACUGGACGGCGCGCCAAAGAGCUACUCCCCCAAAAUUCAGCAGCUGGUCAGUGACAUCGCCAGUCUCACGCUGCUGGAGGUGUCUGACCUCAAUGAGCUGCUCAAGAAAACACUGAAUAUCCAGGAUGUGGGCAUGAUGCCCAUGGGAGCCAUGGCAACAGCUGCCGCACCUGCCGUCCAGGCCGUGGAGGAGGAAGAGGUUCCAGUGAAGAAGGAGCAGACUCACUUCACAGUGAAGCUGACAGAACUGAAAGCAGCAGAUAAAGUCAAACUGAUCAAGGAAGUGAAGAACUGCAUACAGGGCCUCAACCUCGUACAGGCGAAGAAGCUGGUGGAGUCCCUACCCCAGCAGAUCCGGACAAAUGUGUCCAAAGACGAGGCUGAGAAGCUGAAGGCAGCGCUGGAGGCAGCAGGGGGCACUGUGGUGCUGGAGUAAAGCCCCACCCACGUCCCGUUCAUCCAAUCAUAUGCCCCGUUUCUCUUUUUCCCCCUCCCCUUUGUUUUUUUAUACACAGUGGAAGAUUUCACAUAAUUGGAAGAAAAUUGUCCUCUAGUGCCACAAUAUGAAGAGGUCUCUGGGCAGAAGGGGCGGGGCAGGGGAGGCGGGCUCUCAACCUCAGACUGAACUCGCACUGGCUUAGAGCCUGACCAUGCCCAUCACGGUAGCCCCGCCCUCCCAAGGGCGUCCGGCCGUCCGUCUCCAUGUUUAAGAGCGGCGGUCGUUAGGCUGGAAGCGUGGCCCUGCUGAUUGGCUCUGUCUGUCUUGUCUGUCUGUCUGUCAGCCCCGUACGAGGGAGACGGUUACUAUUGCCUUUGCCUGUGGUGAAAAUAAACAUUUAACACAA